AUGGAACAAUCACAAAGUAAACCACAGCCACAAGAUUCUCAAAUUGGUUCAUCCAGAGGUAAAUCCGAUCCAGCUUGGCAGUAUUUUACAGUGAAGUAUGACAAAAAUAACAAGGCUCAAUAUACAUGUAUUUUCUGCUUGAAUACUUACAAUGGAGGGGGGAUAUAUAGAAUGAAAUAUCAUCUUGCAAAGAUCCCUGGACAAAUUAAAGUUUGUAACAAAGUAAUUGAAGAUGUUGAACUUCAAUUCAAAAGGCUUUUGGAGGAAAACAAAAAAAAUAAGGCAGAAAAAAGAAAAUAUACAGCUGAUUGUUAUGAUGUGGAAAGUGAAACACAAGCGGAAGAAGAGGGUGAAGCGCCUAAUCCUGUACAACCUCCGGCUCCUGCAACAAUGGGAGACAAAGGAAAGAGAAGAGCGAUUGCUGCUACUCCAAUUGGAAGUUAUUUUAAGGAAAGGACUACGCCAGGCUCUCAACCAGCUUUGAAAAGUGUCUUGGCCAGUGAACAAGUUAAACACAAGGUUAAGUUGGGGCUUGCAAGAUGGAUCAUUGAUGCACGGAUUCCAUUCAAUGCAAUUCAAUCUCCUUACUUUCAACCUGCCUUGGACGGCGUUGCUGCAAUUGGACCUGGUUUCAAGGGACCGUCGUAUGAUGAAAUGAGAGUUCAUUUGCUGGCCGAUCUUAAGAAGGAGUGUCAGUUGCUUGUUGAAGGUUAUAGAAGCUCGUGGAAAAGGACUGGUUGUACACUGAUGGCAUAUGGUUGGACUGAUCAAAGGCAGCGUACGUUAAUUAAUUUUCUAGUUUAUUGUCCUGCUGGUAUGUCAUUUGUUAAGUCUGUUGAUGCUUCUGAUAUGAUAAAAACUGCCGAUACCUUGUUUAAAUUGUUUGCUGAGGUUAUUGAGUGGGUUGGGUCUAGUAACAUUGUGCAUGUGGUUACUGAUAAUGCUGCGAAUUAUGUAUCUGCUGGAAAACUCAUUCAUGAAAAGUAUCCAAAUAUUUUUUGGUCUCCUUGUGCUGCUCAUUGCAUCAAUCUUAUCUUGAAAGACAUAGCAAGUCUUCCUCACAUAGCUGACCUUGCCUCUCGUGCUUCAAAAGUGACUGUCUUUGUUUACAAUCAUAUGAUUUUCUUGUCAUGGCUUAGAAAAAGAAAAGAUUGGAAAGAAAUUGUUCGACCAGGAGUAACACGUUUUGCUACUGUUUUCAUUACUUUGAAAAGUAUAUAUGAUCAUAAACAAGACUUGCAAGCAUUGGUGAUUGACAAAUAUUUCACUUCUCAUAAAUUAUCCAAGAGUGUCAAUGGGAAGAUGGUUAGUUCAAUUAUCUUGGAUAGUAAGUUUUGGGUGGAUUGUUUUACUACUGUUAUGCUUGUUGGUCCUCUAAUUAAGUUAUUGAGGCUUGUUGAUGCUGAUGAGAAAUCUUCUCUGGGUAUCGUGUAUGCGGGCAUGCAAAGAGCCAAAAUUAAUAUCAAGACAAUGUUUAGAAAUAGGAAAUCUGCAUACACGCCUUAUACAAGUAUCUUGAAAAUGCGGUGGGAUAAGCAUUUGAAGCGUGACCUCCAUGCAGCAGCAUACUUUUUGAAUCCAGAUUACUUCUAUAGUGAGGGGUUUGUUGAGAAGGCAAAUAUCUUGAGGUCUUUGCUUGAUUUAUUUGAUAUUGAAACUCUUUGCGAUGACUCGGUUGCCGGAAUGCAAGAGAUACAGUUGUAUCGAGAUCGAAAAGGAAGUUUUGGAAGGGAAAGUGCAUUGAAAGCAAUUAAGAGACUUGAACCUGAUAAGUAUUUAUAUUUCUAUGUUUAA